AAUCUGAAAAAAGAAAUGUACCUCAACGCUUUAACGUUUCUGUUGCUGGGUCUGGCAAUAAUUGGCAAUUGCUCAGUUCCAACGGAGAAGAAAGAAGAAUCUAAGGAAGAAGGAUUGAAAGAGGAGGAGCCGAAGAUCGAGCAGACUGGCGAAGACGUGGACAGAUCUAAGAAGUCGAUACUUCUUCACAAGAUGACAGGAGCGCAACACAUUCAGAAAGUUUCAAAUAACGUUCAAACCCUGAACAUACAGCCGGAUGUAAAAUCUACCAACAUUCAAUUUCCACAAUUUCCUGUUCAAACUGUUAACAUCCAAGAACGACAACCUGCUCAAAUCAACAUCCAACCAGCGGUUCAAACUGUCAACAUCCGGCCAGCUUCUCAGACAGUUCAAACUUUGAGCAUUCAAGGCCCGCAAUCUGUCCAAACUUUGAACGUUCAAAACCCACAAUCCGUUCAAACUUUCAGCGUUCAAAGUCCACCGGCUGUUCAAACUUUCAGCAUCCAACCAAGUUUGCAAAGAGUCCAAAUUUUGAGCGUCAAAGCUCCACAAUCUUCUGUUCAAACUCUCAAUAUUCGGCCAGGAUCCCAACCAAUCUUGAGUUUGAUUCCACGCGAUCAAACCACUGCCAAUGUGAUCGCAUUUGGUCCUCAUUCGUCCAAGACCGUGCAAGUGUUCCAGCAGACCUAUCCCGGCUCUCAAACCAACGUGAACAUCGUCCAACCUUUCUCGAAAGAACCAGUAGUUGAGAAGGUCAUUCGUGCGGAAAAAAUCGUGGAGAAUGUUCCAGAAAGAGUGGUUGUUUCAGAGGUAGAAAAGGAGAUCGUGACACCAGUUUUCACAGAACAAGUUGUUAAUCCUCAAUAUUCCAGGGUCGUGGUCUCAGAACCCAAAACCAUGGCCUAUUUCAAGUAUCCUUUCUUGAAGUAUGGGAAACCGAACAUUAUCUCUACAGUGAAGUCUAAAUUGUUGGUUGAACAUCCUUCAAAAGUGAUGGAAAUUAAGGAACACGCCCUGUUUCAUAUAUAGAGAAUACCACAUAAUAUGCGAUAGAUCUAGUCUCCAAGAAAUGUAAAUCAAAAUUGUUGAGCAAUAUUUAUUUAAUUUAAUACUUGUUUUCAAUUCAAAU